AUGCUGGACCGCCAGCAGUGCAACGACGGCCUGCAGGUUAUCAAGGGCUUCUGCGCCAAGGCAGACGGCAAGGACAAACUCACGGCGCUUGUGCAGUAUGCCUGCCUAUUUGCGUCCGCGGGUGAGCCUGGCAACCUGAAGAAGGUGCAGGCCAGCGUCACCGCGGCACGCAAGGUGUUCCGCAUCAUGCGGCCGCUCGAGUCGCUGACGCCGCUGCUGGUGGAUCCUGGCUUCCCGGGCAAGCAGGCCUGGCAGCUUGAGGCCAUCCAGAAGCUCAAGGACAUUCUCAUGGCGGUCUACUUUGCCGCCGACCACGUGGUGUGGGCCUACCAGAUCGGCCUCGUCAGCGACAAGGCCGUCGGCGAGCGCUUCCAGAAGCUGUCCCUCUGGGGCUGGGCCCUCGGCAGCGCCUGCACCAUCGUGCUGGAGGCCGUCGCCAUCGCCGAGGCGGCCGCGCCGCGCCGCGACGGCGAGGGGGACGCCGAGUGGGCCAAGCGGCAGCAGACCGCCAAGGCGGAGAUCAACGGGCGGCUGCUGGUGCUGUUCCACGCGCUAGUGCAGGCCGGCACCGCCGCGGGGCUGCUGCAGGUGGUUGCCAUGCGGCCCCGCACCGUUGGGCUGCUGGGCACCGUGGCGUCCGCCAUCAACUGCUAUUUCCUGCUGCCUGCCAUGCCCAAGCGCACCCCCAAGCCCACGGCGGCGGCCGCAGCGGCGGCCGCGGGGGCGGGGCUGCCGUCGGCGGUUGACGCCUCGGGCAAGCUGAUCCCCAAGAUGGCGUGA